AUAAUGUUCAUUUUUCAGUCGUCAGUGUUGGAAUCGUCGACAUCAGUAAUGUCAUCAGUAAACGAUUCAGUCAGAGUAGAGGUGAUAGCAGACCGUGCGUUUCUCCUGGGCGAAGGCCCUCAUUGGGACGAGCGUGUGCAGGCGUUGUACUUCGUCAGCAUUAAUGAGAACACUAUACAUAAGUAUGAACCGGAUAAGAAUGCCCUCACUAGUGCUGCCGUAGAGGGUCGCCCAGGCUUCAUAGUACCCCUAGAAGACCAUUUAGACCAUUUCGUAGUGGGUUUGGAGCGUGACUUCGUAGUUAUUCAAUGGGAUGGAGUAGGCACUGCCAGGGUUGUGAGAAAACUGCGAGAAGUCGACCAGAAUUCUCCUAGGAACAGGCUGAAUGAUGGGAAAGCGGAUCCUAGAGGCCGACUUUAUGCAGGCACAAUGGGGCACGAAGACGAGAAAUUCAACCUGGACAAGAACGCAGGCACUUUAUUCCGCCUGGACCCACACGGUCUUACUCCGCUAUGCGACAAGAUCUCUAUCUCCAACGGUCUGGCCUGGGACCUGGGGUCUAAGGCCAUGUAUUACAUAGACUCACCAGAGAGGAAGAUAAGAAGAUACGACUAUGAUGUUGAGACUGGAGAUGUUUCUAAUCUCCAGUACAUCUUCGACUUCGAGACGAACAAACUAGAGGGCGCUCCAGACGGUUGCACUAUCGAUACAAACGGGAACCUCUGGGUGGCAGUGUUCGGCGGAGGCUGUGUGCUGCAGAUAUCCCCUAAAGGAGAACUGAUGCAACGUGUGGAGGUUCCCGCUAAACAGGUCACCUCAUGCACCUUCGGAGGCGCCAAUUUCGACACACUUUUCGUAACGACUGCGCGUCUCAACAUCAGUGAAGAACAGAAACACCCAAGUGGAUGCACCUUCAAGAUUACCGGGCUUGGUGUGAAAGGUCUGCCCAAUAACAGGUUCAAGGAUAUCAGUCAUUAAACAAUAAAAGGUUGUCUAUGUCUGUAUUUAA